GGUGAGGUAUAUAAGCACUGAUAGAUCAGCUCUCCAUACUUAGAGGCAAUUAAGCGGUCAGAGAAGUUUGUUCUCACAGAGAAAGGUCUGCAACAACCUCGAAGCUAGUUCAAACUAGUGGGAGGUUGGCUGCACAGAAAAGCCAGCCACCAAAUUAAUCAAACCAGUUACCAUAUACUCAGUAAUUAGCUAGAUUGUAAAAGUCAAGUAGCUAGCUAGCUGGUAACUAAGAUUUUUGUUGGAUCUAUCGAUUGAUAUGGCUCGUGGAAAGGUUCAGAUGAAGAAGAUCGAGAACCCGGUGCACCGACAGGUUACCUUCUGCAAGCGCCGAGCAGGGCUUCUGAAGAAGGCCAAGGAGCUUUCUGUGCUGUGUGAUGCAGAUAUUGGAGUUCUUAUUUACUCCUCCCAUGGAAAGCUCUUUGAGCUAGCCACCAAAGGAACCAUGCAAGGGCUUAUUGAAAGGUACAUGAAAAUGAAGCCUGCUCGAGUACCUCAGGCUGAAACAGCCAUGGAAACCCAGACUCUGGAUGCAAAAAAAGAGAUUAACUUGCUGAAACAAGAGAUGGAAAUACUACAAAAAGGUCUCAGGUAUAUGUUUGGAGGAGGUGCUGGGACAAUGUCUUUGGAUGAACUACAAGUGCUUGAAAAACAUCUUGAACUUUGGAUUUACCACGUGCGCUCGGCAAAGAUGGACAUUUUGCUCCAAGAGAUUCAGCUAUUGAGGAAUUCAGAAGGAAUACUGACAGCUGCAAAUAAGUAUCUUCAAGACAAGAUUGAAGAGAACAGUGGAGUUUCUAACCUUAUACCAAUGGCCUCUGAUAGCCCAUAUCCACUAACCAUACCAAAUGAUGACAUAAUUUCAAUCCUAGGAAGCAACUUUGGCUUGAAUUAUAAAUGAGUAGUAUGCAUGUAUUGAUCUUAUUGGGAGGUGAAAGUGCAGAAAAUAAAAACAUUAUGAACAUUUGUAUCAAUAAUAACCUAGCUACCUAGCUAGGUGGCACGUCAAUACAUCGAUGUAUUGUACAA